GGAAUGGGCGAAGGAGGAGAUUAAUUAUAGGCUCUGUUUUGAUUAACCGCGCCGGCCUGCAUGCCAUGACUUGUCGUCGGGCGCGCUUUUGAAUGCCGGGUUGGCGGGAGGGUAUUACUUCGGCGCAGACAGGCAAAAAUCUUCUCUUUUUGCCCCUUUCAAUUUUUUCCUCCGAUCGUGAUCUGGGAGAAGGCAGGCACGAUUGAGCGCCCGUUGACACCACCAGACCUCGCUAAAACCUACAAACCCGCCUGGAGCCGCCGCUGGAGCAAUCGAUCGAGGCCAGCCAACAGGAAGCCACACAGCCCCCAGUCGCUGCGCCCUUUGCACCUGCAAGGCGCGAGGCAGCAUAGGCAGCCUGGCCGUCCGUUGUUGCCCUGUGUAGUUGACAAGUGGGUGGGUGCCGUCUCGAGCAUUGAAAGACGAGCCCGAAUCCCUCCCCGUGUACGAUCAAACACGCCUCUGCCCUCACCUUCCCCGGCCAUUGGACCCCCGAGAGACAGUAUCUGUGAUUGUCUCAGCGGCUGACUGACUGCUUGUCUGCCAGUGCUGCUGCGUCCGCGACGUCCUCGCCCGCGGGCCCCGCACAUCCAGCAGCGUUAACGGAUAACCAUGAUGGACGGGACCCCGAUGUCCGUCCCUACAGCGAGCAUACCAGAGCCGUCGUCGACCCUUGUACCCAGGCCCGAUGGCCAGCCACGCCCCCACGCCCAUCAAUCCGUGCUUCAUCAUGCCUCACAGCAGGACGCCCUGCUGAGUAACCAACAUGCUACGGCGACCAAUGCAAACAUCAAUCUCGCCGCUUUCCCGACCCUAGAUACCACCCGCCGAGUCCUCGACCACUUCAACUCGACCUCUCCUCCCCUGAGCUCGCUAUCGCCUCUGGGGCGUGGCGAAACCUUCGGCACCAGCGCCACCAGUGCCACUAGCGGCCUCGAGUUCCGCUCCAGGACCAUCGCUCCUUCGCCCUCCGACUCACCGAGCCCGCCGCGAAACGCCCUCUCGCCGUCGACGGGCGACGAGUCUCCGUCCUAUCAGCGGAGCCCGCUGUCGGGCGAACGCCGAAGCGGCUCCGCCACCCGCCCCCACAUCGACCCUUCGGCCGCAGCCACGGCCCGGAGCCGUCGGGAUAGCGCCGGAAACACGACCUCGAGCCUCUCGCCCACGACCCCAGUCAGAACCUCGACCUUUGGCCUCCAGCACAAAACCUCGACCUCGUCGCUGCAGCCACCGUCGCGCACGCCAAGCUUCAAGACGAGUCUCGGCCCGGGCUUCGGCACCGCCUCGGCCGCAAGCUCGACCUACCCAAGCCCGAUAAUAGCUGCUAUGGGAGAUUUGACCCCGCUACCGUCUCCGUUGCUUGUUGGCGACUCGCCGGGACCUUGGAGGAGGUUUGGGAGGCCGCCCUCUCGGGAAACCGCUGUCCCAACGCCAGGCGCAGACUCUGUACUGAUAUCCAGCAACGGCGAGUCGAUAGCCGCAGCCCUGGCUAACAACACCAAGAGGAAGGCCUAUGCCGGCCUCGCCGUGGAGGUUGAUGGGUCGGCAGGGUCUGGGGGCGCGCCCGGCGGCGGCGCACGUUCUGAGACCAAGGCACCGGCCACAGCAGGGACACAUCAGGUGCACACUCGCAAUAGGAGUGUGAGCGACUACACGCCGGAUCCCAUGCUGCUCCCCAAACGGAUGCUCACGGUAACGGGGUCGCGCGGCAGCGCCAAGCCGCCGGCCGAGGACGCCCUGCAUCUGCGCCGCGAGCCCCACCUCUCGGCCGCCCGAGGACUCACACCGGUCGAGAAGCCGCCCACGCCGCCCCCGAGCGAGUCGUCCCUUAGCGCGGGCGAGUCAUCAUCAUCGUCAUCCACCACCUCGGCCACGGGCGGCCAGUCCUCGUCGACCCCGCAGGCCAGCCACCGCUACGAGUACUUUGAGGCGCGCAACCGCCGCGACGGCAAGAUGCGCAGGUGGCGUGCUGUGAAGAUGCUCGGCCAGGGUACUUUCAGCCGCGUCAUGUUGGCAACAAGCGCCCCGCCCGAGAUUGAAGAGGAUGAUGAGAGCGGAGCUGGCGACUCGGACCAGCUGCAGUCGCUGCGCCCCCCUCCCCACCAGAGGUACGACCGCAGGACGCUGGUUGCGGUCAAGGUGUGCGAACACGGUCCCAAGGGCGGGGCCUCGGAGGACAGGGUGGAGAUGAGCCUCAAGCGCGAGCUCGAAAUCAUGCAGUCCAUCCGCCACCCGUCGCUCGUUCACCUGCGUGCCUGGAACAUCGAGCCCACGCGAGCUAUACUCAUACUGAGCUAUUGUCCAGGUGGCGACCUGUUCGAUGUCGCGACCGCUCAUCGGAAGCUGCUGAGCCCGUCCCUGAUGCGCCGUAUAUUCUCGGAGCUCGUCGGUGCUGUCCGGUACCUGCAUGAGCGGCGCAUCGUUCAUCGGGACAUAAAGCUAGAGAAUGUCCUGGUCAACCUCACUCCCAGUGAACUGGCAGACCCUUCAAUCGAUUGGACCACGUACCCAUACCCGGUCUCGACGCUGACCGACCUGGGUCUGUCACGGCGUGUGGCCGACGACGAGAAGCUCGAGACGCGGUGUGGGUCCGACGACUAUGCGGCGCCCGAGGUCAUCAUGGGACAGCCCUAUGACGGGCGCGCCAUCGACGCCUGGUCACUAGGCGUGCUGCUGUACGCGCUCCUCGAGUCCCGGCUGCCCUUCGAUCCGCUCCCCGGCACCGUAAACGGGGCAGACAGUGCGCACCGGAUGCGAUCACGCACAAGCCACCGGAUCGCCCGCGUCGAGUGGCGCUGGGUCGCCUUCGCGGGCGAGGAUGGCGACCACGAUGGCGACGAGGCCAUGUUCCGGUCAAAGGACCUCCUCGGUGCCAUGAACAUCACCGAAGGCCUGCUCAAGCGCGCGCGCAGUCGCUGGACCGUCGAAAAGGUGGCCGCGUCCGAGUGGGUUCGCGACGCCAUUCAGGUCAAGGGCGGCAUCCGGUUCCGCGACGAGGAUGAAGGGGGUGACGUCUCCCUAUAACACACCAACCCUCUUGUUAUGGGACUUGCGCACGCGCGUGCGCACGAUAAAAACAUCCAAGCGCCAGAUACAGUUUCCCCUCUGGGCGCUAGAGCGGGAAGGUGACGACGUGGCCAAUACGGUAGUUACUGGGCUAAAGCGUAGGGAAAAUGGGGUAACGAAAAGGGCAAACAGAGGCCAAGAUGUCUUUUUUUCUUCUUUUCCUUUCAUCUUUUCUUGGAUCAAAAGGUUGAACAUCAUCUAUCCAUGUAUACAUUUUGGUAACACGACAACUAUGAAGCGGGAAAUGGAUACAUCCAUCGGCUUGAAGGGAUACACGAAGGGUCUGGAGGGUAGGUGGCUAUUUGGGUGCCAUGUAAACCAUGGGAAUCGGUUGGUCUUCUUGUUGGAUAUCUCCUUCCAUUCGCUCUAUCCCAUUCUUCUCCUCCCCUGUCGCCUUCCUUGUCGCAAUCCCUCGCACGCACAUGGCUAGGCACACAAGGCGGCGGCCCCUGGCCCCUUCGUCACUACUUUUUUCUUGGUUAUCUUUUACCCUGCUUCCUCCCCCUCUCUCGACCGUCAGUCAGCGCUCACUCGCCCGGCCUCGGCCCCACAUCUUUACGGCCUCGAGACGACUCGCUCGUUGCAGAUGAUAUCCCUCCGAUCAAGGAGAGGAGGAAAAAAAAAAAGCACCACACUCGCUUCUACUUCACCAUUCUCCUUUCCCCCAUUGUAUUUCUUUUCUCCUUUUCAUCUUUAUUCUUCAUCACUUUUAUUAUAUCCUACGUUCUUUUCUCCAGAAGCUGGAGGAUGUCCUUUCGUUUCGUGUUUCCUUUUCGAUGGGUUUAGCGGUCGAGCCAGCUUUCCUUUCUCUCUUUCUUUUUCUCUUCACUUCGGUUUUGUACUUUCACAAAAAAAAAAACCUUGGAAAAUCAAUCAAUAAAACAAGCGAGCUUUUGUAUUACUAUUGGAAUGCUCGCAACCGUCCAUGUCACUUUUGGUC